AUGCCCGAACUGCAAAACUCGCCCAUGUCGUGCUCACGAUUGCUUCGGUCCCCCCGGUUACUGGCGGAGGCGCCGACUACUUUGAUGCAACGGUGGCGCCGGCACAUUUCAGGCUGUAUUAUCUGCUGUAACCACAUCGAGGAAGCCUGUCGAAGACGUGCCAACCCGCGCUCCGCCGGUCCGGAUGGUGAAACCCGGCCAGGGUUUGGCGGGGGACGGCUAAUAGAGGCUAAGAUUCGAUAUUCGAUUGUACUCUCUCCCAAAAGUCGAGCCGGAGAAAAGGAUGACGAUGUUUUUCUGAGGGAGGCCCGGCGUCAAACUUCUCAAGAUGGCACCCCGCGAACUGGGUGA